AAGAGAGGCUUAGUAGAUUGUAAUACAACUGACGAAUUCGAAACCGUGAUGACAGAAGCAACAGGAAAGUGGGACGAACAAUUCACUUUGUACUUCAAUCAGUGUAUUGCAGAUGACAUCCAGGAUGGCAUGGCACCUGGAAUACGACGAGAGAUAGGACUAAAGGACGACUUUUUCUACAACAACGCCGCAGAAUGUCACAAUUUCCGAUACAAGCUGAAGGUUGAAGAGGAUAAAGCAGCAAGUGUAAUUGCAGGAUUUCCUAAGAAGUUAUGUUCUUGGGUGGAGGCCAUAGAAAGUUAUAGGAGGAUGGUAUUUGAAUGCAGAAACAACAUCCAGAGAUCUUUUAUUGGCGAAGGACCAUUCACUUUAGCUCCUGACUACAGGAACCUAGAGGUUUCUACAGCAGAAUGGAUGUCUAAAACGCCAGAAGAAAGGCGAAAAAAACACAUGGUCAAAAUCGACCAUUAUGCAAAGCAAAAUGCUGCUGCUGUUAGUCCGGCAAGCCUUGCUUGUAGCAGUAAAAGUAAUGAUAAAAGUGAAGACUCUAAGGAUGAUGACGUUGUUAUUAUCGAGGACAUGUCUGCGCCCUCUGCGUCCGCGAAUACUGGUUAUUGUCUCAGCAGCUUUGAUGUCUCCGGAUUACCUAAUCAUUUGCCUGGUUCCUGGAAUAAUGCCAAGAAGAUUCUGGAGCUCCAUAGGGUCGCAGAGUUUCUUGGUAAUGAUUCUAAAAGGUCCGUGAUUUCCUUAACAAGUGGAAUAUGCCAUACUGUUUCCUGCAGUGGACACUCUAAGAAACCACUUUCCUGUGAUGAUCAAUGCCCCAAGUUUAAAUCGCAGGGUAUCUGUGCACACACCAUAGCUGUUGCGUGCUCCUACACACCUUGCCUUUCGACGCUAGUGGGAAGCUCAAUUCCUAAUCAUACUGGGAGAAAGGAGAACGAAAAGAAGCAGAGAAAAAGGAGCAAUAACGACUUGAGACAUGUCUCUGGUAUCAGCUUCCCAGCAGAUGAAGACAGUGGGUCUGAACAAAACACAGAUAAGCUGAAGGUAGUUUUCAUCCGUGACACCGCAGCUUGUAAGUGUUAUGGCUGCAAUGGAUCAGUUCGUAGAAAGCCAUCAGAGGAUCCACCACCAGCUCCUUAUGACACACGGAGGAGGGAAUAUAGAGUGUACAGAAAGAAAGGUUCAACAAAAAUGUGCAUUGCCAAAACGAAAGAAUUUGUUUAUUACCACCCACUUAAGGCUUGUUUGCCUAAGGAAAUUAGCCAUGAUGACCUUCUGAUGUCAGAGAACACUACAAGCCGACUUCAAACUAGCCAUCGGGAGGUAUUUUGGAGGGAGUUUGGAUUCACUUUGUGAGCUGUGUGGAAGUCGCAUACCUGACGAUGUGUACCCAUUGUUUUAUGAAGAAUUAUUCAAUCGCCCUGAAUAAUUUGGUUUUGUUUCGUUCGGAUUAAACCCUUCUUUACAUAAAUAAUUAUUCACUUGUUUUGAAAUGAAUGGUUCGAUUGGUUAUGGCAUUGUUGUUGUUCAGUAGGAAAGGAAACUAUGUUCAGUGAGAGUUCUACAUUCUGUUAUUUGAUAAAACUGUAGCAGGUUUUUUGUCGAGAUAUAAGUAA